AUGCCGACAAAGCUAUGCGGCAGUGACCCGAUGGAACUGACUUUGGAUGAGAAAUUUUUCAGACCAUCCUAUAUUGCUAGUGUUGAGCCACCUCAAAAACCAGGACCAGUAAAUGUGGAAGAUAUUAAAGCAGAUCUAUCUGCUGAAUUUUCUUUGGCUUCUUCAAGCUCAGACACAAGCCAGAGGAGCAGUUUGGAGUCUAAAGGACACAUAGAAGUUUGUCUGCGUAUUAGGCCAUUUACAUCGUUGGAAAGAGAAUAUGAAUUGCAGGACUGCGUUUCACUUGAAGACUCAACAAGCAUCAUACUGAAGCCCCCCAAAAACUCUUUGAGUCGAUUAAGUGAAAAAACUGGUGGACAGAUGAUACAGAAGUUUACUUUUUCACGAGUGUUUGGACCUGAAACAACUCAAGAAGAAUUCUUUGAAGGUACCAUGAAGCAACCAGUGCAAGAUUUCUUAGAUGGAUAUAAUCGUCUUAUUUUUACAUAUGGUGUUACAAAUGCUGGGAAAACCUACACGUUCCAAGGGACAGAAGAUGAUGUUGGUAUUCUGCCAAGGACUAUGGAUAUGUUGUUUAAAAGUAUUCAAGGAAAGCUAUAUACAGCAAUGGAUCUCAAACCCCAUCGGUGUAGAGAUUAUAUAAAGCUGACUAAAGACCAAGUGAGAGAAGAAACUGCCAUUAAAAAUUCAAUACUUCGCUUAACAAAAGAGCAAGCAGAAAUGCUGUAUGCUGUGAUAGGGCCUGAUGUAAGGGAAGUGUCAGGAAUGAGUAUUCAGGUAGACCAUCAAAAUAGUACUAACAACAAAGCACCAGUUGAUUCUAAGGAUUUAGAAGAACUCUUAAAAGACUCGGAACAAUCUGGCACAACUGUAAAAGAUUACAUGAAGUUUUCUGUUUGGGUUUCAUUUUUCGAGAUUUACAAUGAAUGUUUUUAUGAUCUACUGAUUCCUAUAUCAAAUGACAAGAAAAGAAAAACACUACGCCUUGCUCAAGACAUCAAGGGAUGUUCUUAUGUAAAAGAUCUGCAGUGGGUUCCGAUUUCUGAUUCUAAAGAAGCUUUUAGACUUCUAAAACUGGGGUUGAAACAUCAGAGUAUUGCAAGCACGAAACUAAAUACUUGCUCCAGCAGAAGUCACAGCAUAUUCACAGUUAAGGUACUAAAAAUUGAAGAUUCAGGAGCACCACGAGUGACCCGAGUCAAUGAAUUGUCAAUGUGUGAUCUUGCUGGUUCAGAAAGAUGUACCAAGACCCACAAUGAAGGUGAUAGAUUGAAAGAGAGUGGAAAUAUAAACACCUCUCUCCUGAUUCUAGGCAAGUGUAUUAAUGCACUCAAGAACUGUCAACAGUCAAAGUUGCAGCAGCACAUACCCUUUCGGGAAAGUAAGUUAACUCAUUUUCUUCAAGGAUUCUUCAGUGGAAAGGGGAAGGUAUACAUGAUAGUAAACAUAAGCCAAUGUGCUUCAGCAUAUGAUGAAACGCUCAAUGUGCUAAAGUUCUCAGCCAUUGCACAAAAACUGGAAACUGGUCUAAGUAGUGACUCUGAACAGAGGAUAGGCUGGGUUUUAGUUAUGGAUGCGUCUAUUCUUCCUCAAGAUCAGUCAUUUGGCCAGAAAUCAGCAAGAGAAUCUUCACUACUUAGUGACACUAAAAUGCCAAUCCCAAGGAAAAGAGCUACUAUCCUAUGGGACAGGAGCUUAGAAGAUGUGAUUGAAGAUGAUGAUGAUGAUGAGAUGGAGGAACAGCAUAGUAUGUCAAGAGAAGAAGCAGUGCAGAAACAGGAAGAAAAUAAAGUUCUUAUUGGAAAAGAAGAAUAUAUGAUGCUGCUGAGUCUCAUAGAAGACUUGAAGAACAAACUUAUUACUGAAAAGAAGAAUAAGUUACUGCUGGAACUAAAAAUUCGUGAAGAAGUGACACAAGAAUUUGCCCAAUAUUUUGCUGAGCGGGAAAUAGAUUUCAAAGAGUGCCUUUCUCAUGAACGAGAACGGCUUGAAGAAAAUUCUGAAAGACGCCUGGAAAUCUUCAAGGAACUUGUAAAUGGCUAUACUAAAAACGCAGAAGAAGAAAAUAAAUUAAAGGAUCGGCCUUGUAGAGAACAAGCUGGACCUCUGGAUGAAGAAUAUAGCAUAGGGCCAGGCACCUGCAUUGAUCUUGAAGGCAUUAUUGAUUCUCUGCAGAAUGAUGUCAUUGAUAUCAAAAAGCAGGCAGAAGCAGCACACAGAUACAUUCUGUCCCUAGAGAACCCACAGGAAGCUAUAGGCUGGCUUGAAAAACAACUGGGGAAAACUACUGCUGAACUAACUAAGACCAAAGAAGAACUGACGAAGAAAACCAAUGAACUAAUCAAAACUGAAGAAGAGCUGACACAGAAAACCAAAG